AUGGGCUAUCAACCUCAUUCAAAGCCCAUGUACUUUGGAGAUCAUCGUCAAUCAGAAAAGUACCAGGUCAAUCAUCAAUCAGAACCGUACCAGGUGAAUCCGGUGGACACUAUCAACGUUUUGGAAAUUCAUGGAACUCAAGAGGAAAUAACUCAACUGGUAAUGUUACCCAUGGCGAGUGUCUUCGCCCUCAAUCAUGAUGGAAAUUCAAGGCCAGCACGGAUCCUCAUCGACCAGGGCUCAGAGAUACCAUUAGUCUCUGAACGCUUGGUCAAUCAACUUCAUCUGGAGCGGAGGUCAUUAUCACUUUUCAUCUUCGGCAUCGGAGAAACCUCAUCGGGGAACACGCGUGGUGUAGAGACUCUCGCCUUGCAACCAAGGCACGAACCCGCUGCUCAAAUCAACAUUAACGCCCACAUCCUGAGCAAGCUGACGGCGAACAUAGCGCCAUACACAUGCGAAUCGACGAUUCCUCAUCAACUAACAGAACUUCAAGUGGCAGAUCCUCAAUUCUUACAACCUGGAGCCAUCGACAUCAUCAUUGGAGCUGACUUCUACGGGAGAAUUAUCGGCAAGAGAAUCACCAGGUUCAAGGAAACGAAUCUAAUAGCUCAGCAAACCAUCUUCGGCUGGACUAUUUUGGGGCCAGUCUGCGACACCGGCUGUGCUCCAAAAUCAUCAUUGAAAAUAACGAAGCAAACGACGAACCAAGAACUCUUAGAACUCGUGAAGAAAUUUUGGACUCAGGAGGAAUUACCGGAUACGUCAUCAUCGUCAGUCUUGAAGAAAGCUGAAGCGGACAGCCUUCCGGGCAGGCGGGAUACCGCAUCAUUGGCCAAGAAACGGCUGCAGAAGGUCAUACGACGACUGUCAUCGGAUCCGGACACUCAUACACGCUACAAAUUCAUCGAGGAAUAUGAGGCCCUGAACCAUAUGCAACGAGCAUCAUCAACAUCGGAGCCGGGCCGGACAUAUGAUUUACCUCAUCAUGCAGUGCUGAAGCCAGACAGGACGAUCACGAAGUUGAGUGUGGUGUUUGACGCCUCGCAUCGAAGCUCAACGGGGGUGUCAUUGAAUGACAUCCUCCAUCCGGGACCCAAAUUGCAAGUCAACAGCUCCGACGUUCUCAUCUGA